CAAAUUUCCUGAGAAGGGAGUGGUUGGGGUGUAGGGUAGGCAAGGCGUGGGAAGUUGUUAAUGGGAAUAUACCACCUUCCUUAAAUUAGUUUUUCGCAAUGGAUUUAAGAUUUUUUAUGGUCAAAAUAAGUAGAAAAUGAAUUAAAACCUUUUUAAGUAUUAGGUUUUUUAUAUGUUUCAACAUAGCAAGAAAUAUAUUCUGCAUAAAAUACCUAAUGCUUGACACGGAAGCUUAUCACACGCUGGCCAAUCAUAUUGCGUAGUUCAAACCCACCCAUGCUGCAUUUGCAGUAAGCAGCUUGCUGAUUGGCUGAUGAUUACAUGGCCGCAUUCUUCAAUAAGACACAUUCCUGAUUAACCCGUGAGCAUACAUACGCCACGAUGAGCGACAUACAGACGUGGUUCAACAGCCUGCCGCAGUUCACUCGACUGUGGUUUGGCCUGACAGUUCUGUUCACACUUGUUGGCCGAUUCGGACUGGUAUCGGCAUACUACUUAGCCCUGCUGUAUGAACCUCUCUUUAAGCAGCUUCAGAUCUGGCGGCCGGUGACGGCGCUGUUCUGGUACCCGCUCAGUCCACAGACCGGGUUCCACUUCCUGAUCAACCUCUACUUCCUCUACAACUACUCACUGCGCCUCGAGACCGGUAUUUUUGCCCGCAGUCCGGCCGACUACCUGUUCAUGCUGCUGUUCAACUGGUUCUGCUCCGUCGUGGUCGGCCUGUUUAUGAACUACCCGAUGCUGAUGGACCCCAUGGUUAUCUCGGUGCUGUACGUGUGGUGCCAGCACAACCGCGACACCAUCGUCAGCUUCUGGUUCGGCACCCAGUUCAAGGCCAUGUACCUGCCCUGGGUGCUGAUGCUGUUCAACCUCAUCAUCGCCGGAGGAGGAGCGAUGGAGCUGGCUGGCAUUCUCAUCGGUCACCUCUACUUCUUCCUUGUCUUCAAGUACCCUCAGGACUUUGGCGGCCCGACGCUGCUGCGCACGCCCCAGUUCCUUUACAACUACCUGCCCAACAUCUCGGGUGGAAUGGGCGGGUUCGGCGCGCCCCCUCCGCGGCCGGGCGCCGCCAACCAGGCCGGCGGCGGCGGCGGCGGCGCGUUCCGCAACUGGGGCGCUGGCCACCGCCUGGGCCGCGAGUGAGGGUCGAGCGGGCCCGCUGCUCGUCACACCGGACAGCUCAGGGGCGCCGGGCGCCGGGGCCGCCUGGCGGAUGGCACGUCACGGCGACCCAGAGUAGGUGGGACGGUGCCGACCCGGUCUGCUGAGCACUGGGUGGGGCAGGCAGACAGAGAGGUGGCGGGCGCCGGCCGCCAGUCGGUGUAACACGCUCCGACGGCCGGGGUGACCCGCUGGGGGUCGGCCAGUGAGCAUCCACCUGCCGGUGUGUGUUGACUGGAGCGGGGAGGGCGGACACCGCAGACGGAGCCAUGUGGAGGUCCAGGAGACGGGCACUACGCGGCUGGAGAAAUGGGGGGUGUCUGUGUCCCCGCCAGUUCGGGUCGGUGUUUGCUGACGUACUGACGUCGGUCAAGACACGUGACCAGCGCUGGCUACGGCCAAACAUGGCGAUGAACCUGCUGUUUGUGCGCACGUCUGGUUUCCAGACCAACAUAUAAACGUUGUUGUGUAUUUUAGUUCGUUUUUAUCGCACGAUGCAAGAGUGCUUACCCUAAGAUUGCCGUGUGUAUGUUGCUUGCGGCUGUUUUGGUAUGCCACAAUAGGAAAAGUUUCGGUGAUGAAUCGUGACACGGCAAAUUGGUGUUCAGUCGCGUUAUAUUUCUGAUGUGAUCUCUUCUGUGUGGGCAGGUGGACAGGUGUUUGUCGGUACUCGGCUCUGUGUGCAUCUUGAUCUAUCAACUAAUAUCGGACGGUAUCCAGUAAUUCCCCGAUAUUGUGACGUAGUGAUGUUGCGAACGGCAUCAUCAAAAAUUCAUGUCUUCUUUCGGUUUGAUUUGUAGAAGGAUUUCUGAAAAAAUGUGCAUUUUUGCUCAAGGAUUUGUCAUCUAAGCAAUUACGAUCACUUGGAUAAAUUUGGCACAUAAUGCGUUGAAUACAUUGCGUUUCUCUUGGGUAAAAAUUGUGUGUGCUCGGGCCUAGCGUUGUUAUUUUGUCAAUAUAUGACGCAUGG